AUGACUCUAGAACUCGUUCGGCUGAGUCAGGACCAGAGCCUGACCGGAGGCGCUCACCAGCCCCUCGAGAGGAACGGCGAGAUGGCGCUCGAGAUGAUCGUUACCGUUCGCGAUCCCGAGAUCGGAAGGAUAGAAGGCGUGAACGGAGCUGGUCUCGAGAUCACCGUGAUCGAGACCGAGACCGAAGGGACAUGGAUAGAGAUGGACGUGGCGCAAGGGACCGGAAGAGAAGCACCAGCAGAGACCGUGGACAUGACCGACGAGGUUGGUAUAAAUCAUUAUCACCCAACGCUACUAACCAGGCGCAUUUCGCUAACCUCCAAUCUCAAUACAGGAUAUGCGGCUAGGAGCGACAAAUUCCGUGACCGCUCACGAUCUCCGGCUCGAAAUGGUGCAAAUACUCGGUCAAGGUCUCGAUCUCCACCAUCGCGCAACGACAAAGGGGACCGUCGCUCCGAUCGCAAAGACAUUCGUUCUCGAGGGGACGGGCGGCAGGCGAAUGGCACAUCUGGCCACGGUCGCUCUAUGGACGACAUGGAUAUCGACUUCAAAGAAGACGCCGAUGAAGAUGAAAUGGAAGCAAUGAUGCGUAAAAGCAUGGGGUUCGCCAGUUUCCGGAGCACCAAAAACACGAAGGUGCCUGGCAAUGAAAUUUACGGCGUGCGGAAGGAGAAGAAAACCGAAUACAGACAGUACAUGAACCGCACAGGCGGUUUCAACCGACCACUUAGUCCGUCCAGGUGA